CUGCGACUCUUGUCAAUUGAGGGAGCCCGGAAUUCCUGAGCUGUGGUGGGAGUGGCGUGGACCUUCAGGCGCCGCGGAAACGGAUUGUGGCAGACCAGAAUUAUUUUAAAAUGACCACACCGAACAAGACACCUCCAGGUGCCGAUCCUAAGCAGUUGGAAAGGACGGCGACAGUAAGGGAAAUUGGGUCCCAAGCAGUUUGGUCACUCUCAUCGUGCAAACCAGGGUUUGGUGUGGACCAAUUACGAGAUGACAAUCUAGAAACUUACUGGCAAUCUGAUGGCUCUCAGCCUCAUUUAGUGAACAUCCAAUUCAGAAGAAAAACAACAGUGAAGACAUUGUGUAUCUACGCAGACUACAAAUCUGACGAAAGCUACACUCCAAGCAAAAUCUCAGUCAGAGUAGGAAAUCAUUUUCACAACCUUCAAGAAAUUCGGCAACUUGAAUUGGUGGAACCAAGUGGCUGGAUUCACGUUCCUUUAACUGACAAUCAUAAGAAGCCAACUCGCACGUUCAUGAUACAGAUCGCCGUUCUAGCCAAUCACCAAAAUGGAAGAGACACCCACAUGAGACAGAUUAAGAUAUACACACCAGUGGAAGAGAGCUCUAUUGGAAAGUUCCCUAGAUGCACAACCAUCGAUUUUAUGAUGUAUCGUUCAAUACGGUGACUUGAAAAUGGGACGGAAGUAAAGUAGACAUGUGUUUUAGCCUGUCGUGGGAUAUUGGUAAAGCAUGGUAUUUCACAAUUUUAUAUACAUUUAAAAUACUUUAACUUAGAUAAAUAAUUUUUUGGAAAUGCCUGUUUAUUGUUUUAUACAAUAAAGUUCAUAUUUUAUAUUACUAAAAGUGAAUUUGAAGCCAAUCUUUACAUUUUUCUUUAUAUUAAAAGGAAACUAGUUAAACUGAAAAUUUCAAGAUGUACAUAAUUUUUUUACUAGCAUAUGAUUAUUUUAUGUAAUGCUUGUUGGGUAUUUAGGAACAAAACUCUGUUAUUCUAGUGUACCUGUAAUUUUUAAUAAUGUAAGAUUUAAUUUUUUGUAGGGGAAAUUUAAUUUUUUUAAAUGUGUGAUCCUUUUUAGGCAUAAUAUCACAAUAAACUGGCAUUAGAUGUCUGUUAUGGACCAGUCUGUUGAGGUCUUUUGACCCUUGCCUGUAAUCUAGCAUUCUGGAGGCUGAGACGGGAUUGUGAGUUCCAGGUUAGCGUGGCCUAUACAGUGAAAGCCUGUCUUAAAGGAAGUAGGAACUUCAGCAGGGGAGAAGCCAGUCUGAUGUAGAGGAUGUAUAUCUGUCCUACCUUCUCUCUUCCAUGAAAUAUUUGUAACCCCAGGGUUGUCUGUUCUCUGACAAUAUCAUGUUAGAAAUUGCCAUUUAAUUUGCAGUUUAUAUCCGUCCAUGUAAAGAACUUAUGUGAA